AUGCACAAUCUUAAUUAAAAGCUUUGAACCGGUAAAAAAUAUUCCACCUUCUUUAUAUAAUACAUACCAGUCGGUUUGAGCCAUUAUUUUGGGGCUCGGCCUGGGAGAUAAGGAAGGAGGACGUUUUUCAGUUUUGACAGGCAAGCAUGAGAUAUCUGUUGCUUCUCGCGCUGGUCUCCUGCGCAUGCGCCAAAGAGAUUACUCAAGAAGUCACCGACUCUUCUCUUGAGGAUGAUGACGUCAUAUACCCUCAAAUCAUUGACGAGGAAAAUAUGGAAGACGACCCAGAAGGAAAUACUAAGAACAAUGCCCUAGAUGACAUGCCCAAAGUCACAGAAGAGAUGGUCGCGGACGCACUUGAAAAGGCAAAGAAGAGUUUGGCCGAGGAGGAGCCUGGAACCCCGCUGGACACUGAGCAGUCACUGCAGGCUCAGCACUAUAGUCGUCAAGUACCCGAGCUUGAGCAAGGGCGAAAGGAUGUGCUUCUCAUGGAGGAAACUGCCAGGAACAUCGCAAGGAAACUCAACAUCCCUGUGUCGCGUGCUGCGCAACUACUACCAAAAGCUGAGGACCCACUCUCAGAUAAUGAAUCAGACGAAGACUCCAAGAGAAUUGUAAACAAAUGCGACAGAAAAUCCCCCUAUCGUACCAUAACUGGCGUCUGUAACAACCUGAGGUACAAGAACUGGGGAGCCGCUAACACUCCUUUCACACGUGUCGCUCGGCCGGCAUACGCUGACAUGAUGUCCAAACCGCGGGCGGCGGUAGGGGGAGGGCAGUUGACGAAUGCCCGUAAAGUGAGCUUCACUCUUUUCCAGGACAAAGAUCGACCUUCAAAAAGGAUGUCCCACAUGGCUAUGAUCUGGGGCCAGUUUAUUGAUCAUGACAUCACUCACGGCGCCCAGCCCAAUAUUAACUGCGAGAAUAAGUGUGGCCUUCAAGGCGAGUGUUUUGGUAUCGCGGUACCAAAGGAUGACCCUCAUUUCUGGGCUAAAGGCGUACGAUGCAUACAGCUGAAGAGAAAUGUUCCCAUUAACAUACGUAAGCAGGGAAAGCUUGUGAGACAGCAAGUAAACACCAAAUCAUCUUUCAUCGAUGGAUCGAUGGUGUACGAUGACGAUCCAGUUAAGUUUGAGAAGCUCCGCGAUCCUUCAAAAAGGUGGCUGCUCCGACUAAAGGAUAGUCCAGCGGGCGGGGCGAAGCUCUUGCCCCCUGCUGCCAAGGGCGAGUUCUGUCGCUCCUCGGAUGUCAAGCGGAGGCCUUGUUUCAUGGCGGGUGACGGCAGGGUCAACGAAAACCCAGGUCUAUCAUCGAUGCAUACUAUUUUCGCCCGCGAACACAACCGAAUCGCUACUGAACUAAAGAAGCUCAACCGCCAUUGGUCGCCGGACAAGGUGUUCCAAGAGGCUCGCAAGAUCGUGGGCGCACAAAUCCAGCAUAUCACCUACAACGAGUUCCUACCGCUGAUCUUCAACGAAACAACGCUUAUUGAUUUUGACCUUAAACUAUUGAAACCGCAUUUCUACAACCGCUAUCACGGAAGGGUCCAUCCUUCGAUAUUUAACUCUUUUGCGGGGGCCGCCUUUCGCUUCGGCCACAGCAUGAUCAGGAAUGUGGCCGCACGGUUCAAAGAGCUGUACCAGCCCAUCAACUCCGUCAACAUGAACCGCACGUUUGACCCCUUGCCCCUGUACGCCAAGAAGGGCGUGGACGCAAUGAUGAGGGGACUGGCUACAGACCCGGCACAGCAAGUAGAUGCACAUUUCUCCAAGUUUGUGCAAGAGCAGCUAGUACUACCCGAUGGCAUGGUGGACCUCGUCUCCUUGAACAUCCAGCGAGGCCGAGAGCACGGGCUGCCUGGCUAUAACACCUUCAGGAAGCUCUGCAGGCUGCGACGGGCAUCAUCCUUCUUGCACUUUCGUAGAGAGAUCUCGAGUAGCAACAUCCAGAAGUUGAGGAAGGUCUACAAGCACGUGGAUGACGUGGACCUGUUUGCUGGCGGGAUCAUGGAGAUACCUGUCAAGGGAGGGAGCCUGGGACCAACUUUCACUUGCUUGGUGGCGAACCAGUUUGCGCGGCUCAGGAGAGGGGACAGGUUCUGGUACGAGCGCCCGGGUCGUACAGGGUUCACCUGGCGUCAGCUGCAGAGCAUCCGUAAAAUCAGCCUCGCACGUAUCAUCUGCGACAACGGUGACAAUGUCAGGCAGAUUCAACCCAGAGCGCUCAAUCUCCGUGACAAGCGUAACAAACUAAAUCCUUGCAGUAAAAUAUCCCGGAUGUCCCUCAAUCCUUGGCUCGAUGUCCCCUGGCAUAACUUACUACCCCUACAGUAAUGACAUUAGCUGCUGAAAGAUCAAACGCAAGCUUGUUUUCAUCACAUUUAAAAAAUUUCUAGCACCUGGUCUAUCCCUGGUGCUAUGUUUGUGUUUAGAAGUUCGUUUUGUGUGAACUAGUAACUUUUGUCCCACGAUACUGGUUGAUAUUUUGUGGCGAUUUUAUCGCACUGCAAAUAGCGCGAAAAUUCUGCCUGUAAAAGCAAGCCAAUUUUACAGAUAUAACUUGCAAAUACAGCUUGCAAUUUUAGUUUACUAUUAGUCCAGGCCAUCAUAGCAAACACCAUAGAGUUUUGUAUUACAAGCACAGUGAUUUAAAUAAAUAAAAAUCACAAUUUAGAGUGUGUAAAA